UAUUAAUAAGCCAAUAUGUCAUUUAGUGAAAAAAUUGAUAUUAAUUGUGAUUAUAAUGAAGUGAAUAAUGAUACGUGUGAUGAAAAUAAUGAGGAAAUUGAAAAUCAUCGUAAUUAUAAAAAAGAUUCCGUAAAAAUUACGGGUAAAGAAACUUUUAAAAAGUUAAAAAAAAUUAUCAGUCACGUUGGUCUUUUAAUUGCUUUAAUGUUGUAUACAGCAUCAGGUGGUUUGGUUUUUCGUGCUAUUGAACUUCCAGCGGAAUUAGAUCGAUUAACAAGACUGAGGGAUCAUUUAAUUGUACAAAGAUUUCAAUUUAUUAAUUCUGUCGUUAAUAGCACGGAUGUUAUAAAUUUCGCAACUUUGGUGGAUUAUAAAUUAAAAGAUUAUGAAUCCGCUGUUCAAAAUGCAGUUCAAGAUGGACUUUUUAUAAAUUUAGUUUAUGAAAUUAAUGAUCCGGAGAAUAAUGAUAAAAAACCGCCAAUGAAAACGGACCGAUGGAGUGUUUUGCAAGCGGUUUUUUUUGCCAGCACUGUUCUGACUACCAUUGGAUAUGGAAACAUUGUUCCUGCCACAGAUUGGGGAAGAAUAUUUUGCAUUCUAUUUGCAUUGGUUGGAAUUCCAUUAACAUUGACAGUAAUAGCUGAUUGGGGUAAACUUUUUGCUGAAGGUGUCAGUGAAAUUGCUCACAAAAUUAGAUCAAAUUUACCUGAAAGAAUUAAUUCUUGUAUGCCUAAUAAUAUGGCAGGAAGACGUUCAUUGGGAGCUUUUGCAGCGGUCGUUUUGUUAUUUUUAUAUUUGGCGUGUGGCGCCGGAAUGUUUAUGUUAUGGGAAGAAGAUUGGGGCUUUUUCGAGGGCUUUUACUUUUGUUUUGUGACAAUGACGACAAUUGGAUUUGGCGAUUUGGUACCAAAGAAACCAAAGUAUAUGUUACUUUGUACUUUGUAUAUUUUGGUUGGUCUUGCAUUGACUGGGACAAUAAUUGAAUUAGUUAGACGACAAUAUGCCCAUUCGUGGAGGAGAUUACAAGCUCUGAGUGGACCAUUAACGGAAACAUUGAAGAAAAUUGGAGAACACGCCGGUGGUGAUAUGUCGGCUUUUCAAUCUGAUCUCAGAAGGGCACUUACAAUAAUAUCGAUGCCACGUUUAAAACGUAGUGGAACUGAUGUGGAAAAUUCAAAAGAACAAGAAUGGGAAAAAGCAGUCGAGGAUAUUCUUUGGGAUAUUGCAAAUGCUUCGCCUUCAUCGCAAAAUAAUCCCAUUAUGCAAAUUGUCAUUUAUGAAUCGAGUGUUUAGACAAUUCUUUUGUGUUCUCCCAAAAUGCAAAUAAUUGCAUUAUUUUAUUUAUUAUUUAUUGAUAUUUCUAUUUUUCAUAUAUAAAGAAUUUAAUAAUUUUUUAAUUAUU